AAGCAUUCAAGGUUUUAUAAUCUCAGUUCCAAAGUCCAAAAACAGCUUUGACGACUUCUUCUUCUGCUCUCUCUCAAGUCAUCAGGUUGCCGUUGCUUGAAAUGGAAGCAGUAGCUCAACUUCAGGGUUUUCAAGGAGAAGUCGGAGUAACAAUGGAUUACGAACCUCUAUUCCUAGAAGCCUGCAAGAAACUUCUCGAAAGCUCCUUGGACACAAGAACGACGGACAUGAUCCCGGUGGAGAUCAGCACUUGCGAUCUGCCUGUGAUUGAUCUUGGCCGUUUAAACAGUACCGACCAUGUCGAGAGAGAAGAGUGCAAGAAAGAAAUCAUCGAAGCUGCCAAACAAUGGGGUUUUUUCCAAGUUGUAAAUCAUGGGAUUUCACAACAACUCUUGCAGAGGUUGCUGUCGGAACAAAUGAAAGUGUUUCACAGACCUUUUGCUCAGAAAUCUCAAGAAACUUCCACAUCUUUCAACUACAAGUGGGGGAACCCUUUUGCUACAAAUCCUAGGCAGCUCUCAUGGUCUGAAGCCUUCCAUGUUCUUCCCCAUGGACCACCAAAUAUGGCCGACCACCACCACCAAUGUCUGAGAUCAAUGACUGAAGCUUUUGCAAGAAAGGCUGGGCCCCUGGCGCAGAGGUUGGCGGAAAUUCUAGGUGAGGAAUUGAACAUGAAAUCCAGAUAUUUCCGGGAAAACUGUUUGCCAAACACGAGUUUUAUUCGGCUGAAUAGAUAUCCACCAUGCCCAAUUCCCAAGCACGUGUUUGGGUUCUUGCCUCACAGUGACUCCACUUUCCUCACCAUAUUGUUUCAAGACCAGGUUGGGGGAUUGCAAUUGCUCAGAGAUGGAACGUGGGUUGGAGUCAAACCUAAUCCACAUUCCCUCUUGGUUAAUAUCGGUGAUUUAUUCCAGGUACUGAGCAAUGGAGUUUAUAGAAGCAUAAGGCACAGGGUGGCGGCUGCGCAGAAGGUAGAGAGAUUCUCUGUGGCUUAUUUCUAUAAUCCUUCGCAUGACGCAGUCAUAGAGAGCCAUGGCACACCCAAGGUUUACAGAAGCUUCACUUUCAGAGAGUAUAAGCAGCAGAUUGAGAAAGAUGUGAAGGAAACUGGUGACAAAGUGGGGCUCUUUAGGUUUCUUCUGUAGAUGAAAAUAAAUUAAAGUUUGUUUGGUAUGAUUAAAGAAAAAACAAGGUUUCAGCUAAUUAAGUUUUCAGAUUAUUGUUGUAAUGUCUGUUUGUUGUAAGA